GUAAUAUCAAUAUAAAAAAAAGUUAUCUUUGCGAAAGCAGUAUAAACUUGAACUGAAUAGAGACAUUAAUUAAAAAAUACACACUUGUUUAAAUGUGUAGCUGUACUCAGGACGAAAUUAAGGUUCGCGAAGAAACUCUUGCAUCGCAUUUAGAACGAUUGUCAGAACUACGUGGUUUGGUGUCGGAGAUCGCGUCCGCCGUGGGGUUGGACGCCCAGGCGCUCCUUGGGGGAGAAGUUGAGGCCCUCGGUCAAUGUUUGCAAGACGUCCGACAAUCGCUCACAUCCCUCGCGGAAAUUGCCGAGAAAAAUGUGACAUCGAAAAAUACCACCGAUGGUCAACUCCGACAGACAAAGGAUUACUUGGAUAGCGUACAAUCGUAUGUGAAUGAUAUUCGGGAAGAUACGAGUGUUGAGAGAGACGACGCGGGUGUCGAAGAAAAUUUGAGAUCGCUGAGAGAUCAUCUGGUAGGAUUAAGUAAAAAGGAAGGAGAUAUACAAAAAAUGAAAAACGAACAAUCGGAAGCGCCUUAUACAAAAACGGAUGUGUCAAUUUUAGAAAUUUUAAAACUUUGGCAACAGGUUUUCCGAGAAACAUUCCAAGAGUAUCAUCGAUUGAGCAGCAGGUUGAUCAAAAACGAAGACGGUGCUGCUGUUUUGAAACUAUGGCAGGAAUACAUCCUGUUCGUGCAACAGUUCCUGUCCGAAUCCAUACCGGGAGACUUCGAGAGUCUUUCAGAGCAUAAUCAGCUGUGUGAAAUCCACCACAACUUGCUAUUGAGCCAACAGGGCGUGCUGAGGUCUACAGAAGAACCGGGUGGAAAACUGGGAAGUGGUGUCGUCGAGGAAAGUAUCAUUGAAAAAUUCAAUUCACUAACCAAUCUCCACAACGAAACCCUCGCGAAAAUAGUACACCGACGCGAGCAAGUAAACGAACGUUUGAACAAAUGGGAAGAGUACAGGAACGGACAAAGCAAAUUACUUGCAUGGCUAAAAGAUAUCGAAAAAGACAGAGAACGUCUACAACUGCGUUACAUUCAUCUUCGGCGUGUUCCCGUGAUCCAAAAUAGAAUCCAAGCCCUACUUAAUAGAAUUCCUUUGGGCGAACAUCAAUCAGAACAACUUCAAAGACAGCUGGAUGUCAUAGUUUCUUUCUGCGAUGAAGCGCUAUCUACGUCGAUCAGAAUGGAACAUGCAGCCAUAACACAAAGGAUAUCGAACCUGCAAGCCGGCCUUCAAACGUGGAACAGCUUCCUCGACAAAAUCGCCCUUCUUGUCAACGAAUACGAAGAACGAGUCAAAAAAGUACAAAUAAUCUACUCCAACGUUCGGGAAAUAAUAGCGGAGUAUUCUCAUCAAAUAGACGACUCUAAAACGACGCACACAGGAAUCAGCAACAGUUUAGAGAAUCUGAGACAGGCCAGGAUUCGUCUAAACGAACUGACCAAAGACCUGGAACAGCUGGGUGUUAUCCAGGAACAACUGAAAGAGUGCGUUAGUCCGUUCGAUAUGAAAACAAUAAAUCAACGCAUGUGGUUGUUGUGGCACGAACAGGGCGACCUGGACCAUCAACUGGCUACCCUAUGCCACAAAUACGAAGACAAGUUGAGUCUCAGGACGACGUUCGAAAUGAGACAGGCGCGCUUCAUGACUUGGUCGGAAAAAUUACUCAAAAAAAUGGAAUCCGACACGAUGGAGAAAAACAUUCCCUUGCAAGAUCCUGACGAAGCUGUUCGACUAAUAGACACGGAGCUAAGAGGAGAAAUGGCACUCAAAGAACGGGAAUACAAUUGGUUGCUGGCCACUGGGGAACAGUUGCACAAGACUUGUGGCGAGGAAUACAGCGAUGUCGUGGCAAAACAGAACAUAAAGUCUAGGGUAGAGGAAGUGCGAGAACGGUGGCAACAACUGGAGAACGUCGGUCAAUCAAAACUCAAUAAGAUCAACGAUAUGACGCAAACCAUGUCCCAAUUGGAACUUAAAAUCGCAGAAAUAAAGGCGUGGUUGCACAAAAUGGAAUUGGAACUUUCGAAACCGAUAGCAUUCGAAAAUUGUACCAAAGAAUCUAUCGAUAAACUGAUGGAAAAGCACGAUCAAGUCAAAAAAUUAAUAGAAAAAGAGAGCGGCGAAGUCGGUGAGGUGUUAAACCUGUGCGAACUUCUUCUCAGUGACGUGAACGUUUGGAAAAUGUACUUCGACAUAGAACAAAUAGCAUCUUCCAUGCAGAGCAUAGAAAAACGAUGGAAGAACGUGUGCGGCACAUCGGCGGAACAGAAACGUAAAAUCACCUUUGUUGGAAAAUUACUUUGUGAACUGCGUCGACUCACCGAAGAACACAACGAGUGGCUAAAUGCCCAAGAAGAAGCCGUACUUAAACUGGACAGAUCUGUUGACAACUUUUCAACAAAAGAAGAAUUACAUAAAGCUAUAGCACAAAUCGAACAUCAAAUCAACGAGCUAGAAUCGCGUGGUCCAGUGUUCGAGGUUUUGGAACAGACCUAUUCCAAAAUAACGAAAACCAAUGGUUUAGAUUCGGACAGUACAAAACGGCACGUUCUAGAAGCGCGAAAAAUGAUUAUGAGAUGGCACUGUUUGUUACCUAAAGCCCGAAGCAUCCUCGACAAGUUCCAGAGCGAAAUGAGUUUAUUCAAGGACUUCACUGACGCUCAUGGAAACGCUGUAAUGGCACUCACCAGGAUCGAUGCCAAAAUAGUGGAACUGGAGCACCUUUCGUCGCCUGAACUUCAAGAAUUUCCGGCACAACAACUGGCGGAAUUGGAGAAAAUAGAGGACAUCUUGAACACCCAGAAUGAAACAUUGGAAAAUGCGGACCGGUUGGGUCUCCUGAUUAUGGAAAAGCACAGAAAGGAAACUGCGUCGAGCGUCCAAGAAAUGAUCGACGAAUAUCAAGUUUUAUGGAAAAAUAUUCAACAAAAAAUAAUCACCCUCAAGUCUGAUCUGCGCCAGAAGGUAGCAGAGAAGAGCAAACAAAUAGCUGACGAAUCUGUCCAAGUAGAAACGCUUAAAUUCGAACAAGAUAUUGCCGUACAAGUAAAUACUUUACCGCCAAAACUACAAAGAAUGACUUCUAUAACUGCCAAAGAUGCUUACGUUAUGGAGUUGUCUACCGCUCUCGAUGAACUGAAACACAACAUGAACGAUUUAGAAGACGCCAUCCAGAAAGAUAUACCACAAAAAGGAUCUCCCGAGUUACAUUCUGAUGGUAAACUUGUUGCAAAAUUGACAGCUGCAUGCCAGUCAUCAACAGAACUGGUUAAACAUCUCAGAGACGUCUUACUGAAGGACUGCGCUGCUUCUGAAGAAGAAUCUAACGCCGAAGAAAUCGACAGGUUGCUACUUAAAUUCGAAAAGCUUGCAAAGAUGGCAAAGAAAAAGGAACUGGCAAUUAAAGAACUGAGGCUAACUAUCUCCGAAGCUUAUGUCUUUGUUUGUGAACAUGAAUCUGGAAGAGUUUUGUGUCCAUUUUGUACCAACAGCAAUUGGAGCCAGUUGGACAACGAUCUGUGGAGAUUGGAACAGUGGUUGCAAGCAGCCGAAGGCAUUCAAUCGUCCCAAAAUUCUCCUCCAACGAACAUCGAACUGUUGGAAGACAUGAUUCAAGACCACAGAGAAUUUCUGCUGGAUCUUGAAGGCCAUAUGAGCAUAAUGAAGUCUUUGAACAUUGUCGGUAAUCAUUUGGCCGAACACACGGAAGAUACGGACAAAGCCGAUAAAUUAAGGGAAAGACUGGAGAAAAAUAACACAAGAUGGGACGUUAUUUGCGUGAAUGCGGCUGCUUGGCAAACUAUCUUACAAAAAGCGCUUUUAAACAAUCGUCAGUUUCAUUCUAUAGUCAGCGAAUUGACCGGUUGGAUUGAAGAUACAGAACGACAAAUCCGAUCGACGGAGCCGAUAGAUCUGACUGUCGAUUCGGACAUUUUGAAAUCGAAAUACAAUCAACUGAGAGAACUCAAGUCGGAACUGGAGAGGUGCGAACCGAGGGUGUUAAGUUUGCAAGAAGCAGCGAACGGCGUGUUUAACGAGGAAGAAGCUCCGGAAGAGUGCAACGUUAUCAUGGCCAGGCUUACGGACUUGAAAUUAAAACUGCAAUCGCUGAUAAGGGUAACGGGAAUUUACAUAUUGAGAUUAGGUGCCACUUUAGGUCUCGACCCCAACGAAAUUGACGUAACAGUAACGACUAGUACGUCCGCAGGACCGACACUCCACUCAUUAAGUUACGACCUUUUGGACCAAGCCAGUUCGACGCGAGGCCCAUCUCCUGCACCCGGCGAUUCGAAUGACACGUAAAUAUCUUUUUUUUUUUUAUUAUU